UUAAACCAAUCCAAGUUAAGGAAUAAAAAAAAUUUUCUCAAGUGAGGAAGAGUAGAGAUGAAUCUGUCAAGAGAAUUGAUUGAUGUACGAUACUUGGAAUCUAUUAUACACAAUUGUCGAAGUGUCAAGAAGUUUAGUAUAUCUCGAGAUAGAAAAAACUAUUCAAAUACGUUGAGAGCUGGGAAUUUCGACACGGGUCACAAACAUUUCUACGAAUAACUACGUAAUCGGGAUCGAAGAAGAGAUGUGACCCCGCCGCGGAAAUGUUAUCGGUAGAGAUGUCAUCCUGCGCGACAAGAAAAUAAGAAACCAGUUGUUCAUCGUUCUUCGCGCGCUCAACAUGCUUCGUUUGUUCUUCAUCGUUUUGACGCUGUUCGCGUCCGACGCCUUGGCCGUCGAGGGCGUCAAGGGACGUCGCGUCCAUCACGACCAACAAUCCGUGGUCAACAGCACCAUAUCCGCAGGACUUUGUUACAAGAGGAUACGUUACGCAGACGCGUUGGAAUUAAAUUCUACUGGACAGUUCCCUCAUAACACUCUGCCUUCGACUCCGCAGGAGGAAACGAAGGGUGGAUGGAUCACUAUACUAGAUUGCUGCGAUGGCUACGAACGGAACAGCACUUCCGGCAGUUGCAUCGCACGUUGCGAAGAGGGUUGCCUCGGCGGCGAGUGCACAGGACCGAACGUAUGCACUUGCGAGCCCGGAUGGUUCUCUCAAAAGGGUGUCUGUAUGCCCUACUGCGAGCAACAAUGUCAGAAAGACGCUUACUGCUUCUCACCGAACGUGUGUGCUUGCAAGCUGGGCUACGAGGAGAUAAAUGGAGAGUGCAAACCCAUUUGCCCUGGUGGCUGCAAGAAUGGCGAUUGUGUAGCACCUCGGGUGUGCAGGUGCAAGACAGGAUUUGUCAUCAAAGCGACAAUGGAUACUGCUACAGGAAUUGAGAGCAAGGAAUGCGUGCCUGUUUGUGAGAAUGGGUGUAGAAACGGAGAGUGCACUGCUCCGGGAGUCUGCACUUGUCGCGAAGGAUUCAUCAAUCCACCAGGUGACAAAGAAUCCUGUAUACCUAACUGCCCCACGGGAUGCGCCAACGGUGAAUGCAUCGCCCCUGGUGUUUGCAAAUGCUCAACAGGUUUCAUCCUCGACCUCGGCUCGACCAGCAAAUGCAUCCCACAGUGUCCCGAAGGCUGCGACAGCAACGGCGAAUGCGUGGCACCGGGAGUGUGCAGAUGCAAUCCAGGCUUCGAGCUCGGUCCGAGAAAUAAAUGCAAUCCUCAAUGUCCACGGGGCUGUCCCAAUGGCGAGUGCGUAGCACCCGGAGUUUGCACUUGCAGCCCAGGUUAUAAAUUGGACAGCAACGCGCGGUGCGUGCCGAGUUGCCAAGAUUGCACCAACGGCGAGUGCGUCGCGCCAGACGUCUGCAACUGCAAUUUCGGUUACUCCCGCGACUCAAACGGUAUAUGCACGCGCAUUCCUUCGAAUUCGCAAGUGACAGACUGCCCUUCAGGUUGCGGACUCAACGCCAGGUGCGUCGGUCCCAAUCAAUGCACUUGCAACCCGGGUUACAAGUUAAACAACGAUAAGAAGUGCGUGCCGAGCUGCCAGAACUCGCAAGACUGCAUCAACGGCGAAUGCGUCGCGCCAGGCGUUUGCAACUGCAAUUCCGGCUAUUCCCGCGACUCAAGCGGGGCAUGCAUUCCUACAGACGCACAAACAACAGACUGCCCCACAGGCUGCGGGCCGAACGCUAGAUGCGUCGGCUACAACAAAUGCACAUGCAACGUCGGAUUCAAGUUAAACCGGGAUACAAGGACUUGUGUCCCGUUCACCGACUCAUUUGAAUGCAGAAACGGAUGCGGUAGCCAAGGUAUAUGCGUCGGUCCUAACAUGUGCAUCUGCAACUUCGGCAUGGCCGUGGAUCCCAAUACCGGAAGGUGUCCGGAGAUAACGCCUGAUCAAAAUAAUCAGCCGCAAUGCUUUCCGGAUUGUGGACCGAACGGUAGGUGCGUGGCACCCAACCGUUGCUCUUGCUUCCCUGGAUUCAGAGUCGAUCCUGAUACUGGAAAAUGUAUACUUUAUACUGGCGAGCCCAUCUGCGAACUGCCUUGUUUGAACGGAGUCUGCACUGGUCUGAAUCAGUGCACAUGUAACCGUGGGUACAAAUUGAAUCCUGCCGAUCCGGAUCAAACAAAAUGCCUGCCGGUGUGCUCGGGAGGAUGCGCGAAUGGUGUAUGCACGGCUCCUAAUAUGUGCAUUUGCAAUCCUGGUUAUAGGAAGGAGUCCGGCGUGAAGGGCAGGCAGAGAUGCGUUCCAGUUGAAGAAAUAAGCGCCAAUAAAGCGCCGGUUUCAUCGCUCGGAGCAGUCACAUCAAAGACAAUUGUUUAUUGGUGCACAUUCGUGAAUCUCGAGAUGAUAUUUCGUUAUUACGUUUUACUCUUUACCGUUAUUACGGUCUCCACAGCUGAUUACCUUUUCGACGGCGUGGGCGUUUGCGAGAAAUUGGUCAGUUUCAGGGCUACGCGGAAUGUACCGUACAUGGAGACAUAUCGAGUCGCCAAGUGGGGCAUUUUUCAUGAGACUAAAGUACGAUGGAACUAUAGAAGAGAGUACUACACGGAUUAUCGCAACGAACGAGUUUGUUGCACCGGAUACACAAUGUCUACGCUAUUCGAUUGCAAGCCCGUCUGCGAUCCUCCGUGCAUAAACGGCGAGUGUUGGAAACCGAAUCAGUGCCGAUGCGACUCGGGCUAUGAAGCCACAUCAUUCACGAGCCACUAUUGCCAGCCGAUUUGCUACAACCUGUGCGAACACGGAAAGUGCACCAAACCGUUCACGUGCACUUGUAAUGACGGCUACGAGAUGAGGAACGAAGUCUGCGAGCCGGUGUGUAGCGACGAUUGCGAAAAAAAUCACGGAUUCUGCUCGGCACCAAACGAAUGUACCUGCUUGAAUGGUUACAAAACUUCGAUGCACACAGGCAAUAUGUGCGAUCCGAUCUGCUCUUUCAACUGCGGCAACGGCAACUGCACGGCACCUGACGUGUGCACUUGCGAAGAGGGCUACGAACCAGAUCCAGAGGACAGAUUCAACUGCGUGCCGAAAUGCGAGAACGGUUGCAAUUUCGGAACUUGCACGGCACCCAACACGUGCACUUGUCAUUCUGGAUACGAGCUACAGCAAGGCAAAUGCGUGCCGAUUUGCAGCGAGCCGUGCGUGAACGGAUACUGCGAGCUACCCGAAGUCUGCGGCUGCAACGACGGUUACGGACUGUCCAGUAAUUCGAAGUACAAAUGCGAACCCGUUUGCGAGAAGGCUUGUAUCAAUGGAAUUUGCACUGGUCCCGGCGAGUGCACUUGCCACCCGGGUUACGAAUUUAAUGGUGACGAUACCAUGACACAUGUCUGUGAACCUAUCUGCUUUGAAUUAUGUGGACCGUUCGCGAAUUGCACUGCACCAUUUACGUGUACUUGCAUAGACGGUUACAAAGAUGUACACCACAUCUGCGAACCCAUCUGCGAGCAGGAGUGCCCAGAUGGGAAAUUUUGCAGCGCGCCGGGCGUAUGCACCUGCAAAUACGACUACGAGCCAUCAAAAACAAACCCCGACACAUGCGUACCUAUUUGCUACCCGUGGUGCGUCAACAGUUACUGCAGUUAUCCUUAUACUUGCGACUGCAAUGAUGGUUACGAAGCAUUGAACAGCACUUAUUGCAUCCCUACUUGCGAACCAUCUUGCAUUAACGGUGACUGCGUCGCGCCGUACACGUGCACUUGCAAGAAUGGUUAUCGACCAAACACGACCAAUCCUCACGUUUGUGAACCAGUUUGCGAAGAAGAGUGUCGUUUUGGAAGCUGUACGGCGCCGAACGAGUGCACUUGCGACGAGGGCUAUCGGAAGAAUGAUUCAAAUAUUUGUCAGCCUGUCUGCCACAGAGCUUGCGUGAACGGAUACUGCAGCAACCCGGACAAAUGCACUUGUAACGUGGGAUACAAUUCUAAAAAUGUAUCGAACAUUUGCGAACCAGUUUGCGAACAAGCCUGUAUCAAUGGACACUGUGUCAAACCGAAUGAAUGCGAGUGCCGACAAAAUUAUAGUCCAGUGGGAAAUGAUACAAGUGUUUGCGAGCCUGUCUGUGAACAAGAAUGCAAGCACGGAUUUUGCAGUGCACCUAAUCAUUGUACGUGUCACGAAGGAUAUGAGAAAGUUGACGAGAUCUGUCAACCCUUUUGCGAGUCAUGCGACAAUGGAACCUGCGUUGAACCUGGAUCCUGCAAAUGCAACGAUGGUUUCGUUACCGCUGAACGAGGGAAUCAAAGUUUCUGCGAACCCUAUUGCGAAAAUUGCAGUAAUGGAACGUGUGUGGCGCCUGGAGACUGCGAAUGCGAUUUCAGUUUCGUAAAAGAGAACGACGAGUGCGUCAAAGCGUGCGAAGAUGACUGCAAUAAUCACGGAUCAUGCGAUAUUUUGAACAGAACCUGCGUUUGUGAUUACGGAUGGAAGGGCUCGAGUUGCGAGGAAUCUCAAUUCUGUAUCCUGUCAGUGAAUAACGAGAAACUGAACUUAUCAGACAUCGAUUAUGAUAAGAUUAGUAAAAUAUUGGCGAAUAGCUCGUCGUGCCAUCAGAAUUGUGUCGAUGCGAUCUCCAAUGGAACAUGCUUUAGAAACUAUAAUAAAGUAGAGAAUGAUACGAUCGCGUGUCUGAUUGAAGCAGAUUCCGGCUGUAAUAGUGUAAACGCAAUUCACAUGAAAGAAGCGAGUUACGUAACAGUAGAAGGAGUCGUUGGUCUUUUAAUAAUUGUUUGUCUAAUAAUUGUGGCCUGUAUCGUGAGUGUAACUUAUUUACUAGCACGAAAGAAAAGAUCUAAAAACUAUACCUUAGGCAAUGCGCCUCCGACGUCGACGCAAGGACAAGCCGCUCUUUUAUCUGAAGAGGACAAUACCCUAUAAUCUAACAAGUUCCGUUCAAAGUUUUGUUAAAUCGUUAUCUACAUAAUAUCAAUAAAAAAAUUCUGAUCAGA